UUGAGGAUAAACUCGUUUAUUCGUAGUCCAGUGCGGCUUAUGAGAAACAACCAAAAUGUUGAUUCGUAUUUUAAUUCUAUCAUUGUUUACCACUCUUUGUUUCGGUGAUUGCAACUUCGACGAAAUAACGAAAUUACUAAAAUGCAACAAUAUCAAAGCGGAAGCCAUAGUAUCCAAAUACUUCAACGUAAAGCAAAACGUUGCGAGAAUAUAUUGGGAAAACUGCGAAAUUACCAAGCUGGAGGCGAACGUUGUUCCAUUCGAACAAACCCAAUUCCUGAAGAUCUCCUGUGGCAUACGUGAAAUAAAUCCAAACACAUUUGUACGUGUAAAUAAUAUCAUCGAGUUGGACCUUAGCAAUAAUAAAAUAUCAAGAAUAACUAACCAAAUGUUCGAUAAUCUGUCCAACUUGGAAAGGCUUAACUUAAACAAGAACGUUCUUAGGAAUCCACCCAGGGAAGCGUUCACGAAGAUCGCAAAAUUGAAGGAGCUUAAUUUAUCUCAGAAUCGCAUCACCAAUAUAGGCACAGCGGUUCUUGACAUGCCCAAAUUGCAGAAUUUGUAUCUGAAUAAUAACGGAAUUUUCGUGCUGCUCGCAGAUACAUUCGAAGAAUUACGGAACGCGAAAAUCAUAGAUAUAUCAAACAACGAUAUACCGGACUUGAGUGGCGUCUUCAAUUACACGAAAGACUUGGAAGUUCUGAAAUUAAGCAACAAUCCAGUACAGAAAAUAGACGUUCACCUUUUCAAGGUGGCUACGCUGCUGAAGGAAUUGGAUAUGAGCAACUGCCAAUUGGACAAUCUGCAGCUUGAAGCGUUUACUGGAAUCAAUAAUUUGGAGAAGCUCAAGUUCUCCAACAAUCCAAUAAAACAGAUUCAGCAAGGUCUCUUCGAACAGAUGACCAAACUGCAAGAAAUAUCAAUUUCAAAUAUAUCAAUUUCAUCUCUAACAACUACAACAUUUCAGAAUAAUAACAUGUUGAAUAAGUUGGAUCUAUCUAAUAAUCAGCUGUCCAAUUUGGAUGAAGGCAUCUUUGCAAACACCCAAUUGGAAUACUUGAAUGUGUCCAAUAACAAACUGGAAUUAUUCAGAGAGAAUUUGUUUAGAAACAGGAGACUCAAAGUACUUGAUUUAAGCAACAAUGGGUUUGAAAACAUUGAUGUUUUGGUCAAUCAGCCAUUGCAAAUGUUAUAUGUGAGAGGAAACAAAAUAGAUUACAUUGGUCCUCAGACAUUACCCAGAAGCCUAGAAUAUUUAGAUAUUACUGAGAACAGGUUGAUUUAUAUAGAGGAUUCACUAUUUGAACAGAUGCCCAAAUUAAGGAUGCUGGAGUUCUUGGGAAAUCCUCUUGCAUGCGCCUGCUUCAAUAAUAUAUUAACAGCACUGUCAAAUAAAUCAAUUAGUUUCACUAAAGGAAACUAUUUUGAUGGGAUAAGCAGCUUUUGCGUGGUUUACGAAACAUUUCAUUGCGUUAUAAAGAGGCAGGAAUUGAAGAAGUUCUAUUAUCAGUAUGAACUCAUAAAGAACGAUGUUUUAUUGGACACCGUGUAUUUUAGGAACAAUUAAAUUAUU